GAUGCUCAGCACCUGGGGUUUUAAAGUCUCUUAAAUGCGCAGGAUUGGUGCAUUUUCAAUCCACUUGUUGAUUGGCGCUUUUUCUGGUUGCUGGUUGGUCCAUAAGAUGGAGCCUUCUUGGCCAAUCAUUUUAGAAUUCCUAGGCCUCACUGGCUACCAAGCCUUCCAAUCACAGUCCAUAUUGAUGUUAUCAUCGCAUGAGGUAACCUUCCAGAAAAUUCUCUCACCCAGUCUUCACUGCCCACCCCCCCCCUCCUUCUAGUGGGCACACACUCAUAUCACAGUACAUUUAACUCCAUAACUCAUUACUUCAUGACUUACUACAUAAAUUAAGUAUAACAAUCUAUUACAUAAAUUAACAAUUCAGAAUAAAAUUACACUAUUAACAAUUCAUAAACCCACCUAUGAAAGCUAAUUUUACUUAUAACAACUCCUCCCUCUAAAUCUUUGAUCACACUUCAGCCCGCAUCAAACUUUCUUUAUUUAAACAGGAUUUUCAUAGGCUUGGUAGAGUUUUCUUAAUUUCUGGUAUUUCUCAUAGGUUUUCUUGGCAGUUUCUGAGUCUUUCUCUCCUUUUUCCUCUUGUACCAUCAUGAUUUUCUUAAUCUUUUCAUCAUUUAAUCUUUCUACGGAAUUCUGAACAAUGUUAGUUAUUAACUGAAUCAAACAGGGUAUAACACAGGAGAGUAAAAUAAUACUUAUCAAGACCCCUUCUGCAAUAAGGAGAAUUUUUUCCACCACUCUCCUCCUAAAAGGCUGUCCCACCAAUCAGAUUUUAUUUGAGGGGUCUACCUUUGAACAGGUCUAUGUCCCAGUUUCCUAAUUUUGGUAGUGAUAUUUUUGAUAAGAUCUUCAUGGUUGUCAAUUUCAAUACAACUCUCUGAUGAAUUAAAUUUACCACCUUCUUCCACCAGUAAAUAAUCUAGAUGCAAUCAAUUUUGAUAAAUUGCAGUUCUCAUUUGGCAGUUUUAGGCAGAAAAUAAAUCUAGGAUUAAGGUUGUUUCAUUACUUAUAAUUUCUAACACAGCUCAUAAUCUAAUAAUUAUAUUUAACAUAUAAAUAGGGGUUCUAUAUUCCCAUGACCCAUCUUGAGCCCAGGUGGCAGGGCCAUAUGUUUCAAUUAUCCUUUCUGGGGGCCACUCUUCUUCACCCACUUUUGAGAUCCACCAAUUAAAUUUACUUUCUUAUGCUUUCAUUCAUCAUAUAGUUUUUUCUUUUGGACAGCAGCACUUUGUAACAUGAGCUCAGCCUGGCUGAUCGGACCCUGUCAGCAAAGGAAGUGCAGGACCUCACUGGCAUGGGAUGAAAGGCCGGAGAGGUUGCAGUCUGACCCACUGGGACAAACAUGAGAACCCUAGAGGAUGAAGACAUAGGGGUUUGAGAAAGGAUCAGACAGAAAAUCCAGGACAUCUCUCAUCCCUGUGGCUAAAGCCCUCAAAGUCCAAGCUCCAGCAGGAUCAAACAGAGAGAACCCCCAGUGAAGAGAACCCCAAGCAUGCUCAGAUUGACCUCGGUGAUGGGGAGGGAAGGGGAGGAAGGGGAGGAGGAUGAGGAAGAUGAUAAAAGCCCUGGGGCUGUUCCAGCACAGCAGCCUGAAGAAGUGGAGGGAGUCCAGCUGCUGCAGGCAGUUGAGAAACUGCCAGAAAAGAAGAAGCAUGCCCAUUACCACUUCCAGAGAAAUGCACAGAUAUUUUUGGACUUACAUGAGCUUACUGAUCCUGAAGACAAUACCAGCAUAGCCUCUGAGGACAUGGCAAAUUCUGAUUCCUAUAAAACAGAAGACUCUGCCAUGCUGGAUAUGAUCAUGAGAAGUGGCACCUCCAGACUGAAGACAGUGCCAACUGUUGUGAGGGACAUUUACCAAAGGCUCUCAUUCAUCACGGAUGUAUCUAUUGACUAUAGUCCGGAUGAGAUCCUGCAGGAAAUGACCUUUGCAGAGCCACAUGAUGUGGUGGUGACCCUCCUGCGGUGUGCCCCAUCAUGCGACAGAGUUGCUGUGACCAUGUGGAGGGCCAUUAUCUCCUCACGUAGAACUGCAGAGAAGGUGCUGCCAGAGCUCCUCUGUGUGCUGGAGGACUGGCCGCUGCACAGCACGUCCACCUCUGAUAAGGACGACUCAGAUGUCUUUCCUCUGGCUGCAACCAGAGCACUGUGGGAGAUCGUUCACCUUCCUGAGUGCCCAGAGAUGUUGAUUCUGUAUUUCCCCCACCUUUUUGUGGCCCUGCUCUUCCAAGUUUUCUCCAGCACAGAGCAGAUACCAGUGAAAGUCAAAGCCUUCUGGAGGCAAUGCCAGCACAAGCACUUCCUGCCCAAGAACCCUAACAGAUUUGCACUGAUGACCAUGAAAGCACUGCUCUGUGAGCUUCAGUAUAAGGAUGUGGUGUCUGAAGUUGAACAUGAGUGUGGCUGGGACACACUCCUCAACACUGAUACCCACCACCAUACAGUGGGCCUUCUGGCCAGAGCAAUGCUCAGGAUCUCACAGUCUUUGUGUUACCGGAUUGCACGCUACCUGUUCAGGCUGCUUCGCAGGGAGGAGGCACGCUGGGAGGUGGCUGCCAUGGCCUUCCUUGUUGAGAUCCUGCCUUGCCUUAACAUAAAGCAAUGGGGUGAACGCAUGCUACAGCUUUUCCCAAUCUACCUGUGGAGGGACUGCAGAGUGAUGCGUCUCCUGGUGCUCAGAUGCCUCAUGGUACUCUGCAAGAGACCCUCUAUGGCCAACACAAUGUGGGCCCUGACUGGAAGCCUCACAGAGGUGCUGAAGGAUGAAGACAGGGAGGUGAGGGGGAUGACUCUCUCUGUGCUAAGUGAGAUGCUUCUGAACAGAGAUGUGCCAAUUGCCAGUUCCCUCGCUCUGCAGCUCGUUGAGGCACUCCAGCCACUCGUUGACAAUGAUAUGAGCCGUGUGCAGCUGCUCUCCAUUCGCCUCUUUCAAGCAGUGAUGAAGUUGGUAGAGGAAGAAGGAAAAAAGCCCCUAGAGAGAAUUGUACGCCAGAGCCUGUUUCCACUGUUCUGCCACUUGCAUGACAAGAACCAGUUUGUGGCAGAGGCCUCCUGGGAAACUCUACUUCAAGUUAAUACAUUCCUGCAAGAAAGGAAGUUCGAGGAUCUGUUGGAAAUGAAAUGGAGAGGUGAAAAGUGCCUGGUGCCAACAAUUGUGAGGGACAUUUACCAAUGGCUCGCAUUCAUCACGGAUGUGUCUGCUGAGCACAGACUAGAUAAGACCCUGCAGGAAAUGACCCUUGCACAGCCACUUGAUGUGGUGGUGACCCUCCUGCGGUGUGCCCCAUCAUGCGACAGAGUUGCUGUGACCAUGUGGAGGGCAAUUAUCUCCUCAAGCAGAAUUGUGGAGAAGGUGCUGCCAGAGCUCCUCUGUGUGCUGGAGGACUGGCCGCUGCACAGCACGUCCACCUCUGAUAAGGACGACUCAGAUGUCUUUCCUCUGGCUGCAACCAGAGCACUGUGGGAGAUCAUUCACCUACCCCAGGGCCCAGAGAUGUUGAUUCUGUAUUUCCCCCACCUUUUUGUGGCCCUGCUCUUCCAAGUUUUCUCCAGCACAGAGCAGAUACCAGUGGAGGUCAAUGCCUUCUGGAAGCGAUGCCAGCACAAGCACUGCCUGCCCAAGAACCCUAACAGAUUUGCACUGAUGACCAUGAAAGCACUGCUCUGUCACCUUGAGUAUGAGGAUGUGGUGUCUGAAGUUGAACGUGAGUGUGGCUGGGACACACUCCUCAACACUGAUACCCACCACCAUACAGUGGGCCUUCUGGCCAGAGCAAUGCUCAGGAUCUCACAGUCUUUGUGUUACCGGAUUGCACGCUACCUGUUCAGGCUGCUUCGCAGGGAGGAGGCACGCUGGGAGGUGGCUGCCAUGGCCUUCCUUGUUGAGGUCCUGCCUUGCCUUAAGCUAGAGAACUGGGAUGAACGCAUCCUACAACUUGUCCAAAUCUACGUAUUCAAGGAGUGCAGACCGAUGCGUCUCCUGGUGCUCAGAUGCCUUAUGUUACUCUGCAAGAGACCCUCUAUGACUGAAAGCAUGCAAAACCUGAGUGAAAGCCUCACAGAGGUGCUGAAGGAUGAAGACAGGGAGGUGGUGUGGAUGACUCUCUCUGUGCUAAGUGAGAUGCUUCUGAACAGAGAUGUGCCAAUUGCCAGUUCUCUCGGUCUGCAGCUGGCUGAGGCACUCCGGCCACUCUUUGACAACGUAAAGGAUGACAGCCAUGUGCAGCUGCUCUCCAUUCACCUCUUUCAAGCAGUGAUGGAGUUGGUGGGGGAAGAAGGAGAAAGGCCCCUGCAGGACUGUGUGCGCCAGAGCCUGCUCCCACUCUUCUACCACAUGUAUGAUGAGAACCAGUUUGUGGCAGAGGCCUCCUGGGAAACCCUGAUUCAAGCAACAAUAUUCCUGAAGAAGUGGAAUCUUGUGCAGCUCCUGGAGACAGAAGAGCUGUGGAGGUUUGGCGAGUCCCUGCUGGAAGAGGACAGAGAUAGAGCAGAUGGGUACCUGCGCCAGUCUGUGAUGUACCUGCAGAGCCCACAGAAGUCCAUGCGAGAGGCAGCCAUCAGGCUCACUGCCCGUCAAGGCAUGACAAAUAACUUUAGCCCCUCCAUCUGUAACCUCAUAACUCAAACCCGGCACUUUCUAAGAACUGGAGAGAGAAAUCCUUACUCCAGAUUCAGGCUGCUGCAAAACCAUCUCCGUGAGGCAUGGAGGAGGCGAGCUUCUCUCUUGGAAAGUGGUCUUCUCCCUGGUACAAUGCUGAGUUACAAAGUAGGAAGUCCCCGCUCUGCUGAUCCCAAGACCUCUCAGGGCCGUCUGAAUUUAAAUAUUUAGUGGCUUCUGGCCUUUCCCAACCUACAGGAUAGCCUUCCUCUUAGAUCACUUUUCUUCACCCCUUUUUAAGAAAACUAUUAAAAUGCAAAAUAAAAAGGCACUUGUUUUCAAUCUCUUUCCUUGGGUUCCUGCCAGUCAGAGCCCUGUCUGCAGCUGUCACUGCAGCUGUACACUGAGCUAUCUGAACUGACUAUAUAUCUUAACACUCCCACCGGUGUUUUAAUUGGGCAUACCUGCUAAUAUACUAAGAGGGAAACAAAAACAUUUCAAUGCAUUUAAGCACUGCUUUUACAUACAGCAUUAUAACAAGUAACAAACUUACCAAUAUGAAGGUUAACAAGAAUGUCAUAGAACAAAAAUAUUUAUUGGUAUGAAACCACAAAGGAUCCUCAAACAUCAGUGUCGUGGAUUGUCAAGCAAAUUAUAUCCUAUUUACCAUCUGUAUGGCCGUUGUCUUCUGUUAAAUGGGUAGUUUUCCUUAUCUCUUCCACACCCAAUCCUUCCUCCAGGGAGACAUCUGCUGAUAAUAGGCUAUUCAACGUCACUGCAUGACUGACAAGAACUACAGCAUCCCAUUGUGAGAUGCUUGGCCCAGAGGGAGAAGCCAAGCAUUCCUACCCAGAUACAAUCUUGAGCUUCUGGACACCAGCAUGGCUUUCUCCACUGGAUUUCCCAGAGGAACAGCAGCUGCUUCUUCUUCCACUGAUCUUGAGAGGAAGACUACACCCUUUUUACAGGAUCCCUGCUCCAACAAAACCACACCUGACACUCCAGGAGAACUGCAGCCACAUUUCCAAUUAGACUGCUAUCAACACCGUGACCAACAGGGUGUCAGGUUGUGUUCUGACUCUGUCAGUGUUGUUUUAGUUUACUGCAUUGUUAAUUUUAUCUUUUUAUUUUCUUCCCUAGUAAAGAAUUGUUAUUCUUUACUAUGCUCCCAUAUUUUUGCCUGAGAGCCCCUUAAUUUAAAAUUUAUAGCAAUUCGGAAGUGGGGAGUUGGUUGUUACAUUUUCCAUUUCAGGGGAGGCUUCUGUGUUCCUUAGCAGGCACCUGUCUUUCCAAACUAAGACAGUCAGUUACUGAUCAAGAGACUGAUCCCUCUCUACUUGUUAACAUACUGUGUCAAGCAUCCAUCACCAUCUAACAGGCCUUAACCAGGACAUAAGUUCACACAAAGAAUAUUCUGAAUUGGAAGGGACCUUCAAGGAUCAUUGAGGCCAACUCUUUAAAUAAAUGCUUCAUAUGGGGAUUGAACAUGUACAUGACCUUGGUAUUAUUAGCAAGCUAAUUGAUUGUAUUUGAUAAAGACAGCAGAACAGUAUAGCCUUGGAGAAAUAAAAAUAGGAUGUAAUUUAAUUAAACAGAAGUCCUGCAAAACAAGCAGGAUGCCAGCUAAGCUCUGCAAGGCUGACAAAGCAGGAGUUAUAAAAUAUUGUGCUUACUCAAAAGUGGGGGUUGAGGAGCAGCCACCUAAAAAGGACAGAAGAUAUUGAAGACCAUAGAAAAAGACCCCCAAAGAACCACGUAAGGACUUCUGGUAAGGGGUGUCACAAUGUAAAAUAAAGUAAAACAUACUCAUCAAGUAAGUGGGGAUAGCUGACAAUGAUGCAAAUCAGUGUGUAUGAUAAAACCUCUGUUUACCCAACCUGCAAGGCAGUUAAUUAGAGGAAGAGUCCUCCGAGUGACCAGCAUGCUUCAAUAAAGAAUGCCUGCUUUCUAGUACUCAAAACUCUUGUAGAAAGUUUCUAUCUGGAAAAUUUUGGUAUCAUAUUUGCUAUAAAAUGAACAUUGAUUUCUUUAAGAAGGCUUCUAUUAUUCCUCCUGAAUGAGUCUUUUUUGUUGGAAAAAAAGGCUUCUGCCCAGCCUGACAGCCGGUCUACUACCACCCUGCCACAGGUGGCAUGUCUGCAGGGUCUCUUUGCAUUUCCUGGGAAUGGAAAUCAGUCCAUGGUCACCUUCCUAACUGUGAGCUCAGUCUGCUACCUGAAAACUCAUGUCCAGUCGGGCAGCUAUUUGUGAGUCUUUUUUGUGGUGGCAUAAAUUCCUGGAGCUAAAUUCCUGUGGUGGCUAUUCCUGGACAUAUUUUUUGUACUUGGGAUAAAUAUUGCCUGCAUUCCUCUUUAGGAUUUAUCAUGAAACCAUCUAGCCAGAGUGACUAAAUAUUCUUUGUCAGAAUUGAUAUUCUGCUUUACUUGAAAUGUGUAUUACUUGCUCACACUGGUAAUGUUUUUCUGCAUCAUUAGGUACUGCUAUCAGGUUUUUGGAUUAAAGGUGUUAAGACGUGAUAUCUGUGUGUCUGUUGUGGUGUUAGAACUUUGGGUUUCUCCUGCUGCUGCCACCG